AUGAUAGGACAAUUGAGUUUGGUGGCAGUGCUUUGGAGAUAUGCCGAGGCAACGGAUGUAGGAAGCCCGUUGUACUCUGUUCUCCCAUCGAACUCUCCUCUUUUUGACCAAGGGUUUAUGGGGCCUAUACCCCAGGUGCAGACCAUUAGUGUGCCUCCAAGCAAGCCCGGGCAGCUUCUGUCGUACUCGCCCGAGGGGGGAGCUGGAAAUGGCCAGCAGAUGGCCAUGUCCCCCAUGGCACUUCAACCGCCGGGGAACUCUCAGUAUGCAAAUGCAUGCGACAUGUCUGAGAAGAAGGAGCAGCUCAAGAAGUGUUUAGCUGAUCAACUCGGCAAAUUCAAGAACAUACUAGAGAAUUGUAGAAAGACCUUAGGCGAGAAUGCCAAGGAGUGCUGCAUUGAUCAGAAGUGCCUUGACCUUCUGAAUGGAGGAAACACCUCGUGCAAUGAAGAAAGUGACGAAAAAAACUGCAAAGAUAAGAAAUGCCGGGACAAGAUUGCAGACGAGAUCAUCAAGAACCUCAACUUGGAUCAGCUGAAGAAGUCCUUGCUGGAUUCUCUCAAGGGGAGCUUGAAGAAAAUAGGGAAUAAGCUUGGUAGCCUGACCUCGUGCAGUAGGGGAGAAGGAGGUUGUGACGAGGACGGCGGCACUAGAUCUUCUCUUGGUCUUGGAAAGGAUGUUCCUCCCGGCGUGCUGAUAUAUCCCAUAGAGCAGAGCAAGUAUGAAGCAAUAACGAACAUCCUAGACCGUCAACAGAGGUUUCCCCAUCAAAGAAGUAUAGAACAGCCGGAUAUACAGGGCAAUCCGAAUGGGCCCUACGGCAAGGGCUCUCCAGAUACUUGGGGCAAGCAUUAUUCGCCAAGGCGGGGGGAUAGAAGAAGAGCUAGAGGAGCGAAGAGGGACGAAGAAAGCUGGGAAUCGACAGAAGAUUCCGAAAAUGAAUGGAAGCCUUCGGAUACCCAAAGCCCUAGACCCCGUCCAUCUAAGAAGCCUGAGAUGCCGUGUACAAGGGAAAUGUGUGCAGACAUGGAUAGAUAUGACUCUCCAAGCAUGAAGGACGAAUGCAUCAAGUACUGUAAAGACUACAGGAGGAAGGAUACCAAGAAAUCCAAAGAUGAAGAGAAGGAGGAGAUCAGCGAAUUGACAAGUGAUUCGUGCUACGAUGAAAAGAAGUGA